GUUAUUAAGUGAAAAGUCUGUUUCUCCUUUACUAUUUCUAACAUAAUGGAUGGUGAUGAGAAAGGGUUAUCACCCGAUAACCAUGCAGACCAGGCGAAUAGUGGAACUUCGCCGACAGCAGCGGUGGGAUCCCAAUCCCCUAUACUAGGCGGGCGCCGCCGAUCGGUUAUUCAACCUGAGCCUACUUUUACCAUGGACCAAGUGAUGAGCCUGGUAACCACAGUCACCAAGCAAGCCGCAGCAAGUGCUGUUAAUGCGGCGCUAUCUGCCACCGCCGCUUAUCCACAACAGCCGGCGCUACCCCGUGAAAGAGGAAAUUUCUAUCUACCUCCAUUCGACCCGGAUGUACGAUCUCAUGAUAUUCGAGAUUGGUGCGCUAAUGUCGAUGAAACCAUUUCCGUUUUCGCUAUAUCACCUCAAGAAGCACGGAUGAAAGCGAUACUUCAGUUAAAAGGAAGAGCAAAAGUGUGGGCCGACACGUGGUCUCUACAUUCAACUACUUGGGACCAGGUGAAGGAAGAUCUAAUCAAGACUUUCUCAAAGGAGUUUCGGUAUGCUGAUGAUGUACAGAAGUGGCGCAACUACACGUCGGACCAAGCAACGAGCUACGCCGAAUACGCCACUACAGCUUGGACAUUAUUCAAGCGCGUGCGGCCGGAAGCGAAUGAUGCCGAUGCAGUGGAUGCUGUUAUCACAGACAUACCGUAA